AGGCCUUCCCCCGUUGGAAUUAGAUGCCUUUUUGUCUUGUUUUGUUUGUAUUUUUGUUGUAAACACAUCUCCAAACCCCUCUCUAAUUUCGCUUCUUUCACCAUAAUAAUAAUAACACUAAUUUGUUUUCUCUUCUAUUUUCUUCUUUUCUACUCAGAAGAGCCAGAGAUGAUAUCGCUAUCACUAUCACCACUCUCUCUCGUCUUUCUCGCAAUCGCUCCUUUCGUGAUUUCUUCGCCGAUUUCCCCAUUUCCCGCGCCGCCGGAGAAUUCGAAAUCCUCGGCGGCGUUUAAGCCCGGGGUGGCUGUUGUGGUUGGGAUUCUUACUACGGUGUUUUCUGUGACAUUUUUGGUGUUGUUGUAUGCGAAGCAUUGUAAGGGGGGGAGCGGCGGGGGGUAUCGGAGCGGGGGUGUUCUGGCGGCGGCGGCGGCGGAUUUGAGGAAGAACUCCGGGAUUGACCGGACGGUGAUCGAGUCGUUGCCGGUUUUCCGGUUCGGGGCGCUGAGAGGGCAGAAGGAGGGGCUGGAAUGCGCGGUUUGUCUUAACAGAUUUGAGCCCAAUGAAGUGCUCCGGUUGUUGCCGAAAUGCCGGCACGGUUUCCACGUGGAGUGCGUGGAUACGUGGCUGGACGCCCACUCCACUUGCCCGCUCUGCCGCUACCGGGUCGACCCGGAAGACGUCCUCCUCGUCAUGGAUCCUUCUGUUCUCCAAAGAGCUUCACAGGAAAAGCCUCAAAUGGCGGCGUCGCCGGCGCCGGCAACGGAGCCGGUAAAGGGAAAAGAAGCCCGGAAUUUCAGGGCGUCGGGGAGGCACUCGUGGGCAGGAGAGAGAGGGCAUGUAAGCUCGCUACAGAUCAUCGUAGAAAACCCCGGCGGCGGGGGAGGAGCACAGAAUACGACGCCGUUUAACGGGCGCAGGUCGUUGGACAGUUGGAAGAAGAAGAGCAACGGUAACGGGAAAAACAACAGCCACCACGAAACGGUGUCGUUUAGUUGCCUCGACAGAGCUAACAGAAAAGACGGGCUUUUGCUGGCGGACAAGACAGAUGAACAACAGCAACGACGCCUGGAACACCGGAUCAUAGUCUCCGAUUCAAGUGGGCCCCGCUACCGCUGGAGCGACGUGGAGCCCUCCGAUUCGCUGUACCUCCAAUCCGCCUCGCUCUUCAGCGAGAGCCGUCGAUUCUCAGAGUCGAGAAGAUCAACGGCGGUAACGGGGAGUGGCAGAAGCGUAAUUAAUGGGAGAAGCGUGUCGGAAAUAACAGGGGUGAGUAGGUUUAGGAGUUAUGAGGAAGAAGAGGAACACAAAGAGGAGAGAAGGAGACAGCGACAAGAGGGGGCAGUAACGAGGUGGUUGGCUUGGAUAGCUCACUAUCCGUCCCAAUCCAACCGUACAUCUGGACGCUCAGAUCAACCACCAGAUUCCCUUACCACAUAGCUGAUAGCUCUUCCAUUUUUUCUUUAUAUUUAUAUAUAAAUACGGACUACUACGGAGUACUAGAUUUCAGAAUUCAGAGUGAGGUGUAAAAAUUACUCUCCCACGUUGCACUUGUGUGUAAUCUUAUUGCUCUCACAUUCAUCACAAAUCAUUUUUCUUCUCCA